AUGAGUGCUAAAGCAGUGAGCUGCACAAUAAAAUCACCUGUGGCGCUGCAGAUUGGAGACGCUGUAUCUGAUCUUGCCCUGAUUCAAGAAAUCUCGAUCAAGAACUACUACACAGUGUAUCUGACGGUCUGUUUGCAGCGGAGAGAGGACGGUUCUGCUAAGUGGGUCACUUGUUUGAGGAACUACUGCCUCAUGAGCAACCCUAACGCUGAGGCCGGAUCACAUGACUUUGAUGUGUUGUUUUUGUCUGUCCAGGACUCGGAGCGAGGUGUUCCUGUCUGGUUGUCCCCUCUCACACCUGUAGAGGAACCUCUUGAUUUGAAUGGACUUCCUGAUCCAGAGACGGUUUCCUCCAGCAUUCAGCAGAUGUGGGCACUCACUGAGAUAAUUCAAGCAAGCCAAACCGCAGCUUCCAUUGGACGUUUCGACGUGGAAGGUUCUUAUGACGUCAAAUUACUGUCGCAUCCAUGA